AUGAAAUUUCUUAUAGUUAAUGGUUAUCCUGCAUCUCGGAACAACUAUAGAUUAAUUGAAUAAUUCAAAUAGUUAAUAUGGGAUGUAUCAAUAUAGUUUAAUUAGAUUACAUAAUAAUUAAAAGAAGUUGGGGAUGUUGAAUUUGAGUUUGCAAUUGCUGAUAGACAUUCAGUGCAAGAAUAUCUCUUUGAACCUGAAACAUCUUUAGUUCGGCCAGAACAUGGAUUAAAAUUUGAUGCUCUUGAUAUUGUUUUUGUAGCUGCCUCACCAAAUGUUCGUCCAUGGCAUUAUAGAAUGAGAAGUGUAAUUAUAUUUAAAUAUUUAAGAUCAUUACACUUAUUCGAAUGUGUUUAAAGACAAAAAAACUAUUAUUUAUGACUUCCUUUGGUGCUUAAGCUCUUGCCUAUCUAUGUGCCUCAAAUAUAUAAAAUGUAUAAACUAGUAACAAAUUUUAUAGUAUAUAAAUAUAACUAAUGGAUGUGGGGAAGGCUGUAAACUCGUAGAUUUUCCAAAAUAUACAAAUUAAGCCUUAAAAAACGGGUCUGAUGAUUUUUUUUUAGAUUCAACUACUGGCGAUUUAUAUUAUUAUAGCAAGUAGACUGAUGAAUGGAUUCCUAAGUCUAAUGUUGGAAUUCAUCAUAGAAGAGAUGCUAUGGAAUAUCAAUCUAUUGGAAAAUUUGUUGUUAAAUCUCCUACAUAUAAACCAAAAUAAUAGAUGCUUAGUAAUUAAACGGAAAUGACAUGUAUUAUUAAAAAAUAGUUCUUAAAUCAUUGGUUAUUUAAAAAUGUAUCUAUGGAAUUCACAAUUAAAUAAUCUAAUGCAUGGGAUAUACAUUCAAUCACAUUUGUUAAUCCUGAAAAAGUUAUAUUUAUUUAUAAUUAUUUAUAGAGAUUUUAAGUUUUAGCUGAAAACAAUGUAAGAGGACCUUUAAUUUUAUAAUGUGAAAACAUUUUAGCCUUACUUUUUGAAAUAGAAAAUAAAUCUAGAGAUUAAAUUCAUAUUGUACAAAAUUUUAUUGAAAACGGAAUUAAAACAAUUAGAUAUUCAUCAAAUUAUGUAUUUUAUUUAUCUAAAGUAUUUAGAAUUAAAUAAGUAUUACUUUUGAAAAAUAUUUUAAUACUUAGAAAGGUAUUAAAAAUAUUGAAAUUGUUUUUGACAAAACUGUGAAAAAAUUAAAUUAAUAAUAAUAAGAUGACUCUAUGAAACCUAAAGCUAUUGAAUAUAGAAAACUUGUCAAUGCACAAAUCUAAGAAUAAGAAAAAGAGAAAAUGAAUUCAAUUUAAGCAGGAUUUCAAAAUAAAAAACAAAAAUAACCAGAGUAAAUUAAUUUAAUAAAAUUUAGAGUUGUGUCUCACAACAAUAUUAUGUAAAAAAAUUAUAAAGUGAAAAGAAGAAAAUCUUUUUCAUUUAAAUAAAAACAACUUAUGUUACUUUCUUAACAAGUUCAAAAUCAUGAGUUUCUUUAAGAAAACCCAAAUCUUGACAAUUUUUUGUGUGAUUCCUAACUCAAAACUAGUCGACAUCUUAAAAUGAAUACAGAACCAAAGUUAAAGUCCAGAUUUAAGUAAGAUGAAGACUAUGAAAACGAUUAAAAAACUCCUAAAAAUCAAUUUAAUUAAAUAUAAGUUAGAAAAAUAUUACAUCCCUCUUUAGAUGAAUAAUUUUUAGGACAAAAAAAGAUUUGGAUUCCUGGUUUUUUAAAUUAUAAAUUUUCAGAUUUUUAAAUUGGUCUUAAUUCAACAAGAAAAGCUAGUAGACCAAUAACUGAUCGAUUUUGA